CGACUUCACCUGACCAAGGAGCAGUGCUCAGAAAGUUUGUGAUUUCAAAUUAACCUGUUGGACUAUAACCAGGUUUCGUGUGAAUUCUGACUUCAUUGACUAGGAAACAAGAAAACAGGCCAUCUUAGACUGGGUAUAAUGUCAUGAAAAAUGAAUAAUUGGUCAAGCAGUUGUGAAAGACCUCUUCAGGAUGAGCAACCAUAAUGUGAUCGGGUUUUCUUAUCACGACGGAGAGUGAGGUAUUUGGUUCUGAGACUCGGGUCCUGAAUUUUUAAUGAGGGAAACUACAGUGGUAGGAGUUAACUUUGAUGGAUUGGGAAAUGUUACUGCAAGGAAUGACAGUGGAUCGACAGUGGCAAACAUUCAAAGAGCAAAUGGGAAAACAACAAAACUUUGUUCCUGUCUGGCACAAGAGUGCAGAAGAACAGUGGCGAAACCAUGGCUUACAAGGGAAGUUAGAGAUAGUAUGAGAUGGGAAACAAAAAAGAGGCAUACAAAUUGGCAACAAAAAAAAUCUACUGGAGGCUUGGGAAUAGUUUAAAAGUCAACAAAGAAGGACCAAGGCAUUAAUUAAGAAGGGGAAGUAGAGUGAGAGUCAGCUUGUGGAGAACAGAAGAACUGACUGACAAAGUUUCUGUUGAUACGUAAAGAGAAAAAGAUUAGUGAAAACUGACAUAGGUCACUUACAGUCAGAAAUAGACAUUAUUAAAAUGGGGAACAAGAAAUAGCUGAUUAAUUAAAUUCACACUUCAUUUAUGUUUUCAUAAAGGAGGACAAAUAAUUUUGGAUUUAGCGAGAAGGAGGAACUGAAACGAAUCUCUAUUAGUGGAGAAAUGGUGUUGGAGAAAUUGAUGGGAUUGAAGGCUGAUAAAUCCCAGGGCCUGAGAAUCUCUGUCUCAGAGUAUUUAUGAAAGUAGCCCUCAAAAUAGCAGAUGCAUUGGUGGUCAUCUUCCAAGAUUCUUUUAACUGUGGAACACUUCUUCGAGAUUGUAGAGUAGCCAAUGUAACCCCACUUUUUGAUAAGACACAGAGGGAGGAAACCGAAAAUUCUGGACCAAUGAUUUUGACAUUGUCAUGAAGAAGGUGCAAAAGUCCGUUGACAGUGAAUUCAUAGAAGAGCACUUGGAAAACAGUCAAUAUUCUUCCUAUCAAGGGAAUGCAGUGAAUAUUGGCCAAACUGAUUCUUGCAAUGGCAGGACUGACAUAGGAGAAGAGAUUGAGUUGGUUUGGAUUAUAUUAACUGGGGUUUGGAAGAAUGAGGUGGGGUGGGGGGGAAAUCUCACAGAAAAUUUUAACAGAAUUUUACAGCUUAGAUGCAGGAAGGGUGUUGCCAUUGGUGAGGGAGUCCAGAAUCAGGAGUCAUAGUUUAAAGAUGAGAGUAAACCAUUUUAGGAGUGAAAUAAGGAAAAUUUCUUUACCUGGAGACUGGUGAGCCUGUGGAAUUCACAACAACAUUGAGUGGUUGAGGCCAAAACAUUGUAUAUUUUCAAGGAGUUAAUGUUGCUCUUGUCCAAAGGGAUUAAGGGAUAUGGAGAGAAGGAGGGAUCAAUCAUGAUCAUAUAUAUGACAGAGCAAGCUCCAGGGGUCAACUGACCUUCUCCUGCUCCUAUCUUCUAUAUUUCUGGCUUCUAAAACCCGAUGAUGUUCUAAUGCUACUAGCAAUGUGUGUGGACCUGCUGUACUUACUUAGAAUCCCUACAGUGUGGAAACAGGCCCUUCAGCCCAACAAGUCCACACCCUCCAAGCAUCCCACCCAGACCCAUCCACCUAAUCUACACAUCCCUGAACACUAUGGGCAAUUUAGCACGGCCAAUACACUUAGCCUGCACGUCUUUGGACUAUGGGAGAAAACUGGAGCGCCUGGAGGAAACCCACACAGAUGCGGGGAGAAUGUGCAAAUUCCGCAUAGACAGUUGCCCAAGGGUGAAAUCGAACCCAGGCCCCUGUCGCUGUGAGGAGGCAGUGCUCACCACUGAGCCACUGUGCUGCCCAAAACUAGCAAAGGAGAUUGUGAGUUUCCUGACCAGGAAUCAAACGCAGGCCAUGGCAUUAGAGCACUGAAUCCUUACCACUAGACUACCAGACUUGGACAUCAAUUUCUUAAGUUUGCUACUAAAGUAUAAAUUUGUUCUGAUAUUACAUCAGAUGUAAUUGGAGAAAUUGAGAGAAAUAUGGCUUUAGUUUUUUCUUAUUGUACUAUGAAUUUUAGAUAUUGUGUAUGAUAAGUGUGCAUGGGUUUUUGGCAAACAAAGAGUUAAAAGCUGAAAAGCUGUUUGCAUCAAUUAGAUUAUGUAUAAUAGCUCUUCACACACCAGCUAGGACUAAGCCACUUCUGAGAUCAACAACAAGAGGCAACUCCCAUCCUGUACAGACAAGACUACAGAAGAAGCAGCAAAACACGAAGGAGGUGAAGGAAAACAAAUUAAGCAACUGUAAAAAAUUUGCAACUGUAAAGGCGCCGUUGCACUCAACUACAGCAAACAAGCAGCGACAAUGCCCUGGAAGGGAAAUGGAUUUGAUAUACUUUUCCAAAGGAAGACAGAUCAAACCUCACUCUUUCAAUGAACCCCUGAUUAUAUUCAGCCAGAAUAAUUCCAGCAGGGUCAACCAGUGUGGUUUUCUCAGCUGAGCACAAAUGAGACAAAUUUGUGAAUGCUGUGGGUAUGGAAGAGUAAACUUAUACUAAGGACAGGAACUUUCUCAGAUAACAGAUCUGGCAUAUUGGUCCAGGAAACAUUUGAUCCAGAUCUUCUUCCGUAUGGGAAAUAUUACAUUGCUGCACCCUAUGUUAAGUAUCUGGAGUCGGCUGGCUGCAGAGUGGUACCAGUCAGGUUGAAUUUGACAAAUGACGAAUAUGAAAAGAUUUUUUAUUCAAUCAAUGGCAUUCUCUUUCCUGGUGGAUCAUCUGAUGUGAAGACAUCUGUCUUUGCCAAAGUUGCAAAAACAUUUUACAACUUUGCAUUAAAGGCAUUUGAUGCUGGUGAUUAUUUUCCAAUAUGGGGAACCUGCCUUGGAAUGCAGUUGCUGACCGUGCUUACUGCUGGAAAGAACUUACUGAUAAAUACUGACACAGAAAACAUUGCUCUCCCACUUAACCUGACUAAUGCUGCAGAAUUUAGUGAAAUGUUUCAGAAAUUUCCUUCAGAUGUGUACAGGGCUUUAUCCCAUGAACCGCUGACUGGAAACUUCCAUCAUUUUUCUCUUUCUGUGAAGGAUUUUCUACGAGAUGAGGAACUAAGGAAAUUUUAUUCAAUUCUGUCCACUAAUUAUGACAGAAAGGGUGUGGAGUUUGUGUCUACGAUGGAGGGUAUUCGAUAUCCUUUCUAUGGGGUCCAGUGGCAUCCAGAGGUUAAUCGAUUUCAGUGGCAGCAGCAUUUUGCUUUCCCACAUUCUCCGAAUGCUGUUGAAGUCUCCUAUCUCCUGUCUGACUUUUUUGUAAAUGAAGCCCGGAAGAACUUCCAUCAUUUUUCAAACCUGAAGGAAGAGGAGGCAGCUCUGAUUUAUAACUACAGUCCACACUAUGUGCCUACAUCCAGCUACAUUGAAGUCUAUUUUUUCUAAAGAAAUGCCAACACUAAUUUUGUGCAGAAUCUACAAAUUAAAUUCAAGCAGGAAACCUGAUAUUCCCACUUCUUCUCCAAACAGCGAAGUAUGAUUGUGAAAUGAGCAUCAUGACUAUCAACUGGAACCAAAAGGGCAUUCUAAACUUAAUGCAGAAGUCUCGCUUUACCCAGGUACUGGGGGAGAAAAUGAAUUUAGCAUCAACCAGUCAUUAUCUUAUCAAUUUAUCAUUUGUAUAAUUUUCAGCUUUACAUUCAUAAACACUGUCUUAUUCUGGAUUAUGUAUUUACCUUAUUCUAUUUUCUACAAUAAUGCAGCAAUGAUAGUAAGAUACGAUAUCAAAAUUCUUUCACUGGCAGUCAAGUGAUUUAAGAUGUUUAUGAAAACCAUGACCAAAGAGGCCCUCAUUUUAUGUUGUAAGUGCAGUUAGCAUCACUUCUACAACAGCUGACCAAUUGCUUCAAUAAACAUUCUUUCCAGAA